GGGCCAAUAGGAGGCCGGAAUACCGUCAUAAUUGCCAUUCAUCUCUGGGGAGUCUCCUCCUCCAAGCUACUGCACUGCUUAUUACCUAUCAUCUGAUAUGAUCACACUCGACAUCCACAUGCGGAUCGUAUCAACAAAACAUUGGGGACUGUGGAUGAAUUAAUAAACGAUCUCCUUGGCCUCUUCAUUCAUGCUUGAUAUUUGCCUAUCUGUCUGGAUUGACUUCCUGGCCCCCGUCCGAAUAUUUAAUGUGCUCUUGGGAAGAGACAAAAACUAUACACUUUUAUUUUGAACACUGCAACUUACUGUCAGCGCACGGUGUUCCUCAGAUAAUCUGACCGGCAUAUUUACAAUCCAACCCAGAAAUCUUUGGCUCCAUGGACAGUCCAAAGCCAACAAGCUCUUAUCCUCAUGCCGCUCCCACAUGCUGAACGCGUCGCGAUUAUUGGAGGUGGUUGCACUGGAAUUACCUGUUUCUGGGCUCUACAGAACUCUGGACAUGAUGUCCACUUGUUUGAGGCGUCCGCAACCUUGGGUGGCCGCAUCAAGGCUAUUCCCUAUGAGCAUAAUAAGAACCGAGUUGAGGUGAACACGGAGUCUCCCUUGUUCAACGUUGAGACCUCUCCCAACCUUGUUUCCCUGCUUAGCCAUCUGGGAAUUGUCACGUCGGCAGCGCCAUGCCACUUCAGCGCAUCAGAUGGCGACAACACUUUUCAAUGGUGCGGCAGCUUUUUGAAGAGCAUAUUGCUUAGCCCUUGGGUCUUGUUCAAUAUUGAAACAUGUCGCCUCUUGGUUGACCUUAUCUGGCUAAAGUGCUGGGCCUUGGAUGCAUUGAUCUCCAAAUCCUGGGUUUGGGCUUUCAGCUCUUCCGACUCCCAUGCCUCGCUCAGUACACAUGAAUACCUUUCAAAUGAGGGUUACUCGAGUACCUUUUACGACAACUACCUCGCACCAUUACUCUCAACAUUAUGGAAAACAAAUGCCGGCAGGUUUCUUCCGCAACUUCCUUUCGACGCUCUCAUGCAUUGCUUGAAUGACCAUCAAAUUCUUUACCCGCGCCGAGUGGCGCCCAAGUGGCAGCGUAUAAAUAUGGGUGUGAAUCAGUUUAUCAAGACAAUGACCAGAGAAUUCCCCCCCGAAAAGAUCCAUCUCAAGACCGAAGUCCGCGAAAUAUCCCCCUUUGGCAAAAAGCGAUACAGUCUCCUUACAUCUAGUGGUGAGCAGAUGUACUAUGACCGCGUCGUUUUUGCUGUGGAUAACCAAGAAAUAAUGCGAUUACUCCAUCCAAAGCUUAGUGUUGAAGAGAGGGAGAUUAUCCAGAACUUCAAAACAGCGCAGAAUAUUGCUGUUCUGCACUCGGAUUCACUGCUCUCACCGAGUGUCUCUCGAUCAUGGCCGGCACAUAACUAUAUCAUAGCCCAGAGCAGCCUUAAACAACAUCAUUACAGCUCUACCUUUGACCCGGCAUCCGGUAAAUCGUCGCUCACACACAAUGUGAAUACUCUCCAAGGUGUUUCAACCUGCCUCUUCGGUCGUGUCUUCAUCACUCUGAACCCGUUCACUCCGCCACACCCUCAUCUCGUUCAAAGGGUAUGGGAGUUCACCGAUUCGGAGCCCAGCCCCGAGUUUCUCUACGCACAAGCUCGGUUGCCCACAAUCCAAAACAGGCACGGCCUUAGCUAUGGAAUCCGCUGGACAGGUCGCGGCUUUCUGGAGGAUUCGAUCACCGCGGGCCUGGAGAUUGCGUUUGAUCAUUUGGGUGCGAAGCUACCCUUUGAGGUUGACCAUCGACAUGCUCUAGACUCGUCGCCGCUGUCCCUGGAUUUGGGCAUGACCGAACACCUCGUCCGAUUGGUUUUGAUCUCGGUCCGGAUUUGUUUUCAACUUCUUGAGCUCGGUUUGAUUCUGCUGGGUGCCCCGGGGUUGGUUUCCCCGAAGACCAGGACCCUGGCAAAGCGUUGGAAUAAGGAUAGAACAUUCGAUCUGAACUGAGUUCAGAUAUUUUUUGGGCGGUGUAUAUACAUCCAAGCAAUGAAAGCA